AUGUUCCAGCUCGGUUUAUGUAUCGACAAAAGCAAGAACCACGGUGGUGGCACCAGUGAUCAUGAGGAGAACAAACGUUUGCCCUCCUUUCCAAUGAUUAUGUUAUGCAUCAUCUUCGACAUCAGGCGAGAACCGCGCAAUCGCAAGCCAAAUUCACAACGCACAAAGAAGGCUCCCUUUUUUGGAAGGACAGCGUAUGCCAGCAAUGGCCUGAUGGCGCUGGAUGGCCAUGAUCGGAACCACGCAUUGGACGAGCUGUUUCCGAGCGUCACGCUCGUUGCAAAACCCUGCCGAUCUCAAGAGGCGACUGGCCCGGAGUUCUGGUGA